AUUCACUCUAUCUGGUCUCCCACAGUACACAGAACAUGGAAAUGCAAUUAUUUUAGUAAAUAUAAACUGCUAAAUAUCCUUUUCCCAUCAGCAGUAUUUGUAUGCACUGGUUAAAGCUUGUAGGAGGAUUUUUAAUUCUCCUCUCACUGUCCUAUGAGACUGUAUAAACCCUGACCCUCUGUCUGGACAGUGCUGAUUGGCUCUGUGUUGAUCACAUGCACUCUCCCAAGAAAAAAAAAAACCUCUCUAGCAACACCCACCAAACUGAGCAUGUGCAGCUUGCCCUUAAGGCUCAGUUCUAUCAGGAGAUGAGCCGGGGACAGUGGAAGAAGGGGAGGAUCAGAGACGAUAGGAUCAAACAUCCCUUUUACACAAUGCAGAGGAUUAACCCCUUAAGUUCCACAGUGACUGUAACAAGCAUGCGUUAUUGCAUAUAUACGGUAGACUGAUUUUACUUUUGGUGGUUUAG